AUGGAAAUGGCAGCAGCGGCUGCCGGCGCCGGUGCGGGCGGGUUGGAGGUGGUGGUGUUCCCGUGGCUGGCGUUCGGGCACAUGAUCCCGUUCCUGGAGCUCUCCAAGCGCCUCGCCGCGUGGGGCCACGCCGUCGCCUUCGUGUCCACUCCGCGAAACCUCGCCAGGCUGCCGCCCGUGCCGGCGCACCUGUCCGCGCACAUCCGCUUCGUGCCGCUACCGCUGCCGGCUGUGGAGGGCUUGCCGGAGGGCGCCGAGGUCACGUCUGACCUGCCGCCCGACAAGGUCGAGCUGCUCAAGAAGGCCAUGGACGGCCUCGCCGCCCCGCUCGCGUCGUUCCUCGCGGACGCCGUCGUCGCCGGCAGGAGGCCCGACUGGAUCAUCAUUGACUUCUGCCACCACUGGGUCCCGCCCAUCGCCGACCAGCACAAGGUACGACGCUGUCCGCCAUCUCCACCUACGCAGGUAUAUGUUGAUCAUGAUGAUCAAUCGGCCGGAGUGCAGGUGCCAUGCGCCGCGUUCCUGAUCUUCCAUGCCGCCUUUAUGGCCUUUAUUGGGCCGCGGUGGACGAACGACGCGCACCCGCGCACGAAGCCAGAGGACUUCACCGUGCCUGCGUGCCACCCAAGUGGAUCCCCUUCCCGUCCACCACCGUCUUCCUCCACCACGAGGCCCGGCGGAUGCUCGCUGACAACUUCGGUGAAAACGCGUCAGGCAGGUCGGACACUGACCGUUUGUGGGACGUGUUCGAGCGGUGCCGCCUCACCAUCCACCGGAGCUGUCGCGAGCUGGAGCCUCGCAUGUUCACAAUCCUCUCUGAUCUCUUGCGGAAGCCCGCCAUCCCCGCCGGGAUCCUGUUACCUGGGGCGACCGACGACCGUAAUGAAGACCACGGGCAGAGCAGCUCUAGCGGCGCCGACGGUCGCCAGGUCCUACGUUGGCUCGACGACGCUAGAGAACAUCCAUGAACUCGCGCUCGGACUGGAGCUCGCCGGGGUGCACUUCCUUUGGGCGCUACGCAAGCCGGCCGGCACAAACAACAAGCAGGAGCUGUUGCCGGCUGGGUUCGAGGAGCGGACGCAGGACCGUGGGGUGGUCUGCACAGGGUGGGUGCCGCAGGUGAAGGUGCUCGCUCACGGCGCCCCGACCGCGUUCCUGACGCACUGCGGCUGGGGCUCCACCAUCGAGAGCUUCGGCUUCGGCCUUCCGCUGGUCAUGCUGCCUUUCCUCACCGACACGCCUAUGAUCGCGCGGGCCAUGGCGGAGAGAGGAAUCGGCGUGCUGGUGCCAAGGGACGGCAGUGACGGCUCAUUUGACAGGGAAGGUGUCGUGGUGGCCGUGCGGCGCGUCAUGUCGGAGGAUGAGGGGAAGGUGUUCGCGACCAACGCCAAGAAGCUGAAAGAGCUUGUGCUGGACGAGAGGCGCCAGGAGCAGUACAUUCACGAGCUCGAGGAGCACCUGAGACGCUACAAAGAAGCCAGAAGCAGUGGAUGA